CAAUCUCGGCAUCCACAUUCCUCGGGAAUUCUCUGAGCUUGGUUGUCACACACAGUCUCCGCCUCUCUGCCCCACUGCUUUGCAGCCAUGUGGUGGUGUUUGCUGUUACUCUGCGUGAGUAGCUGCCUGGCAUCUUACUCCCCAGAUGAAAUCCUCUCCUUACCGGGUCUGAACACCAGACUGAACUUCAAGCAGUGGUCUGGCUACUUGCAGGCAUCUCCUGGCCAACAUCUACACUACUGGUUUGUAACGUCCCAGAGAAACCCAGAAACUGACCCUGUGGUCCUGUGGCUGAACGGUGGGCCUGGGUGCAGUUCCUUAGAUGGAUUACUUGCUGAAAAUGGACCUCUGCACGUGGAUAGUGAUGGCAGAACACUCUACAUCAAUCCGUACAGCUGGAAUAAGGUGGCUAAUGUCCUGUACCUGGAGUCCCCGGCCGGAGUUGGCUUCUCCUACUCGGAUAAUCAGAACUACGCCACCAACGAUAACGAGGUUGCAGAAAACAAUUACCUGGCCCUGCAGGAUUUCUUCAGUAAGUUCCCCAGCUUCAAGAGCAACGAUUUCUACAUCUUUGGUGAAAGCUAUGGAGGCGUCUAUGUACCGACCCUGAGCCUGAAAGUUGCGGACGGAUCAGCUCCGAUUAACUUCAAGGGCUUUGGAGUUGGGAACGGACUGAGCAGCACAUUCUACAAUGACCAAUCGCUUGUCUAUUUUGGAUAUUACCACGGACUCUUUGGGGACACAUUAUGGAGCAACCUGAACACGUACUGCUGCCAAGGUGGAUCCUGCAACUUCGUCAACAAUGACAACUAUUAUUGCCAAGAAUCGGUCCAGGAGGUCUUCAUGAGCAUCUACAACAGUGGACUCAACGUGUACUCGCUAUAUAUGAACUGUGCUGGCGGAAUACCAGGAAGUAACUCACGCUUCCACACAGAUCUCAAGAACCUCUUCCGAUAUUACAACUUUGAAAUGCCAAAGCAGAAUGCAGCUACAUCAAAGAACAUGGCACCUCCAUGUAUCAAUGAUACCGCUCAGUGGACCUGGCUCAAUCGUGCAGAUGUAAGGCAGGCUCUGCAUAUCCCAGACUUUGUCCAACCUUGGGAACUCUGCAGUUCUGUGGUCAGUGAAAACUACCAACGCAUCUACAGCAGUAUGCAGAAUUUCUAUCUGCAACUGCUCAGCAAGGGUCUCCGAGUGCUGGUCUACAAUGGGGACACAGACAUGGCCUGUAACUUCCUGGGAGAUAACUGGUUUGUGAAGUCGCUGAAUCAACGGAAAACCCAAGACUAUCAAUCAUGGAUUUACAAUGACCAGAUCGCUGGGUUCUAUGAACAAUACGAGAACCUUACCUUCCUGACUGUCAAGGGGGCUGGACACAUGGUACCACAGUGGGCACCAAAACGAGCUUUGAAGAUGUUUGAAUCUUUCCUGUCUAACUCCGCAUACUGAUGAGGCUGCUGCCUUGACUAGACAGCCUUCUCUUGCUACUUUGUUGUGCAUGUUUUUCACCUUUUCUCUCACGCACAAAAUGGGAUUUUUAUUGUAGCCCAGAGAGCAAAACAAGCAGCACCAAACUGAGACAAAAGAAAACCAAACUGAAAAUACCUCAAUGAGAGAAAAAAAAACAAUACUAGUUAAAGAAGAGCUGUUUCUGGUAAUUCAGAGAAUCAUCUGCAUUUGCUCUUAAUCUGUACAUGUAAGAUAACCAACAUGAUUGAGCAACAGCUCCAAACAAUGUGCAGGGCGGUCUGACUAGUCCACGGUUAUAUAAAUAGAGGUGUUAGAGAGCAAUGCUUUCCUUUACUGAUGGCAGUCUGCUCAAAAGGGGCUCUCAGAAUUCCUGGAGCUAUUAAAGUAACCCUGGUCAGUGUUACCAGGACUAUCUUUAAUACUGCUAAUGCCCAUGUUUCAGGGUGAAAUUCCCUCAGCAGGUUCUCCAUCCUGGCUGAGUGCUGUUGCUAUUUUAAUGUAAAAAUCCCAUUUUGGAAUGAAGCGUUUCUGUAAUUUCGGGAUUGCUAAUCAUUGGAAUGUCGAAUGUCCCCAAGGGAGCUUUAUAAUCAAUCUUUCAAAGGUUUGAGACCACUGAAUAAAUAACUAUCUCCUUCAGAAAGAGUCUUUUUCAGUUUUUAAUCUCUCAGUUUCUUCCCUGUAAAGGUGGACAAAACUGCUGUGUUCAGCUUUCUGAGGGGGGCACUGGGGAACACCAGGGGAGGAUCAGGCUUGACUAUGGCAUUAUGGGACAGGUGUGAUCUCUCUCAGCCCAAGAGAUCAGAGCUGCAUGAACACAGGAGCACAUCCUCUGUCUGUGUCACACUCUCACACCCAGCUCAGACCUGACUUCAGUGACCUUUACAGCUGCCUAUUGAAUUCUGAAAAGUGUGAGCUGCUUGGAUUACUGCAUGCUGUAGCCCCCCUGAUACCUUCUCCUCCCAUGCCACAUGUUUGUAGGAGAGUGGGGUGGAGGGGGGAGGCAGAACAGGAUAUUCUGAAGCACAAUGACAUU